CCAACAUGGCGGCCGCCAUGGAGCUGAGAUGCUGGGGAGGAGACUGGGGUCUGCCUUCUGUCCACACCGAGUCCCUGGUGGUCCUGGCAUACACCAAGUUUUCGGGAGCAAAAGUCACAGUUUCUCCAAUAGACUGGACAUGGAAGACAAUAACAGCGACGGUUCCAGAGCUGCUUUGCGGCAACUCUGCAGUUCAAGAACCGGCACAGAUUCUCAACUUUCUGAGGAAACAGAGGUUCAAUGCUGACUACGACUUGACGGCCAGACAAGGAGCAGACACGAUGGCCUACAUCGCUCUGCUUGAAGAAAAGCUCCAGCCGGCUGUGCUGCACACUUUCUGGGUGGAUGCUGAAAACUACGCCAAUCUAACGCGGCCUUGGUUUGCUUCACGCUCGCCGUUCCCCCUCAACUUCCUGGUCCCCAGUCGCCAUGCCAACACCGCCCUCUCCCGCAUCCUUCUAACCAAAGGGGAGGCGCCGCUGCACAGAAUCACCGAAGUGGAGGGCAAGAUCUACAGCGACGCUAAAGAGUGCCUGAAUCUCCUCUCCUACAGGCUCGGGACAGCGGACUACUUCUUUGGAAACUCGCCAACCAGUCUGGAUGCCUUUGUGUUCGGCUUCCUGGCUCCUCUCCAUAAAGCCGGCCUUCCCAGCAGCCCUCUGCAGAGCCACCUCAGACAGCUGGACAACCUCACACGCUUCUGCGACAACAUCCUCACUGUCUACUUCAGCACAGAAAGCCCCUGUCCGCCUCAGCCUGUGCAGGAAACGAUGGACGCCAAUCUGCAGAAACUAACUCAGCUUGUAAACAAAGAGUCCAACUUGAUAGAGAAGAUGGAUGACAACCUCCGCAGCAGCCCUCAGCACAAACCCCACAGACCCGACCCCAAACCCGGAGCGAAGAGCUCCUCUCCAGCCUGACCCCGGCUCUGAGCCAGGCACCAAUCAAAGAGCAGCUGAAAAGUUGUUGCUCAGAAUCCGACACAUCUUUUUGAAGUUUAUUUUUUCACAGCUAAACUAUGACUUGAAUGGAAAAUAAAGGAAAAAUCAGUGGAAGCAUGACUGUAUAAUUAUGAGAGGCUAUUUUAGGCCGUUUUUGAUGGAAUUCAAAGAUGUCUGAAGGAGAAAGGAGUGUGCAUGUGUGAGGUACUUGAAAAGGACGAGUGCAUGUGUGCGGUUGAGGGAGGAAUGCUGGGACGUGGUGCUCAAUGAGAAAGACAC